AUGCAAUCUAUCCACGUACUAUUACAAAAUCCCACACCAUUAAUUAAUUAAUUAUUAAAUUAAAGUCUCAAAGAAAAUUCAAACUACGCACUAAUCAAAAAUAUGUUACAAAGUUAGAUUAUUUAAUACAAUUUAUCAUAAAAACUCAAACACAUGUCUCUCUUUUUUUAGCUUCUGUUCCAGAAAUGAAUUCCAUCCAUCUCAUCCUAUCUCUGUUUCUCCUUUUUACAUUUUCAACUCAACAAACAGUUAACGGAAAUGCAGAACUAAGGGCUCUAAUGGACUUAAAAUCCUCUCUAGAUCCAGAGGGAAAGAUCCUUACCUCAUGGAUCAGUGAUGGUGAUCCAUGCAGUGGUUCUUUUGAAGGAAUUGCGUGUAAUGAACAUUGGAAAGUGGCAAAUAUCUCUUUGCAAGGAAAAGGUCUUUCAGGUUGGAUUUCUCCAGCUGUGUCUGAACUCAAAUGCUUGUCUGGAUUAUACUUGCAUUACAAUAAUCUUUCUGGUGAGAUACCGUCUCAGAUUUCGAAUCUCACUGAAUUGGUUGAUCUUUAUCUUGAUGUGAAUAGUUUAUCUGGAACAAUUCCUCAUGAGGUUGGCAACAUGGCUAGUCUACAAGUACUCCAAUUGGGAGAUAAUCAAUUGGUGGGGAAUAUACCUACACAGAUGGGCUCCUUGAAGCAGUUAACUACUCUUGCUUUGCAAUAUAACAAGUUAACUGGUCAAAUUCCUCUUAGUUUGGGGAACUUGGAGAAUCUUAGUAGGCUAAAUUUGAGCUUCAACAACUUCACGGGUUCUAUACCAGCAACACUAGCCACUAUUGCACAUUUGGAAGUUCUUGAUAUUCAAAAUAAUUCUUUAUCAGGAAUUGUUCCUUCUGCAUUGAAGAGACUUGGUGAAGGAUUCCAAGGGAGAAACAAUCCAGGUUUAUGUGGAGUAGGGCUUUCUAACUCCAGAGCUUGCGAGAACGAUCCAGAUUUAAACGCAAGCGAUGUCGGUACCACAGAUCAAGACCAUCUCAAAAAUAUUAACAAUACUGCAACGCCUAGGCCGGAGCCUGCAAAUAUCCAAGUACAUUGCAACCAGACACAUUGCUCAAAAUCAAGAAGUUUUCCUUUGAGUGUCAUCACAGUAAGUGUUGUAGCCAUCACACUCUCAAUCAUUGGUUUUGGAUUGUUUAAACUCGUCAGAUAUCGCCGUCGAAAGCAGAGAAUUACAUCAAACUCUUCUGAAGGGAAAUUUAGUCCUCAGCAGCCUAAAGAGUUAUACAGAAAAAGCCCAUCAACAUUUGUUAAUCUUGACUAUUAUAAUGGUUGUUAUCCAUUGCCUAAUGAUCAAAAUGCAGAUGGAUUAGCCAAUGAAUAUCUAAACCAAUUUAGGUUCAAUGUAGAUGAAGUCGAAUCUGCGACGCAGUAUUUUUCGGAAGCCAAUUUAUUGUGUAAGAGCAAAUUCUCAGCAAUGUAUAAAGGAGUUCUCAGAGAUGGUUCUCUUGUGGCUAUUAGAAGCAUUAACAUGACAUGCUGCAAAACCGAGGAAGCCGAAUUUGCAAAGGGAUUGAGCUUAUUAACCUCAUUGAGACAUGAAAAUGUUGUUAGAUUAAGAGGUUUUUGUUGCUCAAGUAGUAGAGGUGAAUGUUACCUUAUCUAUGACUUUGCCCCAAUGGGUAAUUUGUCUCAAUAUCUUGACAUAGAAGAUACAAGUGGCCAUGUGCUUGAUUGGUCCAAGAGGGUUUCUAUCAUCAAGGGCAUUGCAAAAGGGAUAGGAUAUCUACACAGCAAUGAAGGAAGCAAACCUACAAUAGUACACCAGAAUAUUUCAGUAGAGAAUGUUCACCUAGACAAAGAGUUUAAUCCAUUGAUCAUGGAAGCUGGACUUCCUAAGCUUCUUGCAGAUGAUGUUGUUUUCUCAGCUCUAAAAGUAAGUGCUGCUAUGGGGUACCUAGCUCCCGAAUACAUAACUACAGGGCGCUUUACUGAGAAGAGCGAUAUAUACGCGUUCGGGGUUAUAGUACUUCAAGUUCUAUCAGGCAAGAAAGCAAUAGGUGGUUCAAUAAGGAUAGCAUUUGAGUCUUUCAAAUUUGAUGAUUGCAUUGACACAGAUCUUAGAGGAAGAUGUUCGAUAUCUGAAGCAACGAUUCUUACAAAGCUUGCAAUGCAGUGUAUCCAUGAGAGCCCCGACGAAAGACCGAGCACGGUGGAUGUGAUUCAGGAGCUAACUGUAUUUCCUGCUCAUUCAUAAGGAUAUACUAAUUUCUAUUUGGUAUUAGGAAAUGUUGAAAUGUUUACUAAUUGUUGGGCUUCAUCCAUGACUUUAAUAUAUUUCCAUGAGCACAUAUAGUUAUCUAAGUUAGUCAUUGCCAAAUAAUUGUAAAUCUCACUGCUAGCCUUUUAGUCAGACAUAUAUAAACUUUUAUAAUUUAUACUGGUCGAUUGUGGAUUUGGAUCCUCUUAUUUGAA